UUUGAGAGGAGACCAAGAGAGAUGGCUAAGAAGAAUUCAACAACAAAAGAAGAUCAAGGCAACAAAAUAAUCCCUACUUCAAUACUUACAAUCUUGGUUGGAAAAAUCAUCCAAAUUUUUCAUGGAGCAACAAUUAAAACAUAGUACAGCAACCUCCAAGAUUUCAGCAACCACUUGAAAAAAAAAUCAUAUUUGGAGGAUUUGUUAGAAAAGUUCAUUGCUGCUAGUGAAUCAAGGUUUCAAAGUCAAGAAGCAGCAACCAAGAACUUGGAAGCAAUAGUCCAAAACCAAGGUGCAUCAAUAUGAAAUUUAGAGGUUCAAGUGGGUCAGUUGGCAAAUAUGAUUUAUGGAAGAAACCAAGGAGCUCUACCCAGCAAUACAAAGAUAAAUCCCAAGGAACAGGUAAAUGCCAUAACUUUGAGAAGUGGGAAACAAAUUCAAAGAGAGCAAGACAUGAUAAGUGAAUCAAAAGAGGAAGAGAAAGAAAUUCAUGGGGAAGAUGAAGUUCUAGAACCACCCAAACCCAAGGAAAUCAAGCCAUAUGUGCCUCCCAUUCCUUUUCCUCAGAGAUUGAAGCAGCAUCAAUACAAUAAGGAAUUUGGUAAAUUUUUUGACAUGCUUAAGAAAUUGAACAUUAACAUUCCUUUUGUAGAUGCAAUAGCUCAGAUGCCAAAUUAUGCAAAAUUCUUGAAGAGCAUCUUGACAAAUAAGAGGAAAUUGGAAGAUUUUGAAACAGUGACUUUAAAUGAGGAGUGUUCAGCAAUUUUACAGAAUAAGCUUCCUCCCAAAUUAAAGAUCCAGGGAGUUUCACCAUUCCUUGCACUAUUGGAAAUCAUCAUUUUGAUAAAGCUUUAUGUGAUUUGGGAGCAAGUAUUAACUUGAUGCCUUUUUCUGUUUUUAGGAAAUUAGGACUUGGAGAGCCAAAAGCAACCAAUGUAUCCCUUCAACUUGCAAAUCGAUCUAUCAAAUAUCCAAAGGGUAUAGUUGAAGAUGUUUUGGUAAAAGUAGAUAAGUUUAUAUUUCUUGUUGAUUUCAUAGUGUUGGAUAUGGAAGAGGACUAUAAGGUCCCUCUUAUUUUAGGUCGUCCUUUUCUUGCAACUAGUAGAGCAUUAAUAGAUAUUCAAGAAGGAAAAUUGAUUCUUAGAGUGCAGAAUGAACAGGUUAUCUUUAA